GCUUGACGAAAACCAUAACCUGUUACAUAUAAACUCCCAGAUCCCAGACUAUGCUAACGCAGGGCAAGGUCUUCUGUCGUGUCUGCAACCAUGUCCUUCUCGGAGGAGAGCCCUCUGUUCGAUCAUCCACUGCAGUCUAAGGUCCCUGAUGACUUGGAUGCGUACGACCGGUUCAGCAAAGCUCAGAAAAAUUACAUUGUCUUCGUGGUGUCCUUUGCAGGGUUGCUUCCCACGCUCGUGACUGGGACAUUUGUCCCCUCCAUUCCUCAGAUUGCUCAUGACCUUGAUUCAACGGGUGCUGUUGUGAGCUUAGCUGUAAGUUUGUCAGUCUUUGCGAAUGCGAUCGGAGGUUUAGUAUGGGCAGCAUACUCCUCAUUUUAUGGUCGCCGUCCGAUGUACUUGUGGGGUAUGCCUAUUCUGUGCAUAGGAAGCUUCGGUGUUGCAGCGUCAACGUCUUUCAGAAGCCUACUGUUAUGGCGGUUCGUUCAGGCAUUUGGAUGCGCUGGUGGAGUGUCCGUAGGUGCAGCCGUUAUUGGCGAUAUCUACAGGACAGAACAGCGAGGUACAGCCUUGGGUAUCUUUUUUGGGGCUUCUCUUCUCGGUGUCGCGCUGUCACCUAUUUUAGGAGGUACUGCAGCUCACUACUGGUCCUGGCGCAGCCUGCACUUCUCGCUUGCAGUAUGGGGCAUUAUUGAGAUGGCUCUGAUCUAUCUGUCCUUUCCGGAGACAAGUCAUCCGCAGCCGGGAGAAAAUCUUGAACGGAAGGCACCGUUCAAAUUUGUAUGGAUUAAUCCUUUCAACAGUCUCUGGCUGCUCCGUAGUCCAAAUAUCAUGGCCGUCACACUAGCAAACGCAUCAGCGAUGGUCACGGACUAUGUUUUAUUGGUCCCAAUCGCCUACACGAUCGGUGCUCGGUACCACAUCUCUAACGAGGCGCUGAUUGGUGCAUGCUUCCUCCCCAGUGGGCUUGGAAACUUCAUUGCCUCACCGAUUGCUGGGCGGCUGUCAGACAGUAUGGUUGCAAGGUGGAAGGCGAAGCGCAAAGGCGUAUGGGUCCCUGAAGAUCGGCUACGUCCAGCAUUGGUAGGCGGACUCUUCGUCCCUUUAUCUGUUGGUCUUUCGGGACUGGUUACCGCGUACAUCGCUGGACCGUUGGGCUUGAUAUUGAAUUUGCUUUGUUUAUUUAUGAAUGGCAUUGGGGUAGACUUUGUUCUCACUCCGAUCGGCUCGUACAACGUCGACGUGCUACAGUCACGCAGCGCAGAGGUAAUCGCCGCAGUUACAGCUUUCCGCGCGAUCAUUCUUGCACCAGUGACUGCAGCCGUACUUCCAUCAAUUGAAAUACUGGGAGUGGCAGGAACAAAUGGCAUAGCUACGGUGAUUGCACUUUUUGGAUAUGGGCUAAUCGCUCUCACGAUUCGUUAUGGAGAUCGCAUGAGGGCUUGGGUGGACGUUGGAUAUACGCCCUCGUGAAUGACAACCAACUAGACUUAAACGGUUGUCAUUUUCAUUUCCAACUAAAAAAAAAAGGAAGAUCGGUAUACUUACUAUUUAGGUAGCAAUAUGAAGUGCUGUCAACUUGGCAAUAUGGCAGGCGUAUUUGAGACGCUCCUCCAUGACACCGUCUGCGGCUGCAAAAAUCUCGACCAGAAAUAAGCUCAAGCAAGCCAUGUCAAUCAUGAUGAUUGACAAGUAUGCGAAAGGGAGCACAC